GCGGUUCAGCCCCCGGCGUGGAGGAGCCGCUGGUAUUUCUCGGGGCUCAGAGUCUCCCGAGGCGAAAACACCUGCUCUUCUUGGUGGUCCGAUCCGGGGCUCGGGCUGCGCCGAGCCUUGCUCCGGCGCCCACGCCGCGGGGAUGUCAGGAAACCAGCAUGUUGAUCGCUCCAUUCAAAACAGAAAUAAUGAAGACCAAGGUGAUACAGUUGAUGCAAAACCAGACAGAAGUGGCAGAUUCUCACUUUUUCUAAAAAAAAAGAAGAAUGGAGAAGAAGAGCAGCCAAAGUUCACUCUCAGUAAUCAGUACCGAAUUGUUACACCCACAUUCCAGUAUAAUAUGGACUAUGAGAAAGUUGGCAAAUGUAUUAUUAUAAACAACAAAAAUUUUGAGGAAAAAACAGGAAUGGGCACACGCAAUGGCACUGAUAAAGAUGCUGGAGAUCUAGCUAAGAGUUUUAGAAACUUAGGUUUUGAGGUUUGCACAUACAAUGAUCGAAGCUGUGAUGAUAUGGAAAAAUUACUGAAACGAGUUGCUGAAGAAGAUCACAGUGGUGCUGCUUGUUUUGCCUGUAUUCUUCUAAGCCACGGGGAAGAAGGCCUUAUAUACGGCACGGAUGGACCUAUGGCAAUCAAGAGUCUGACUGCUCUCUUCAGAGGAGACAAAUGUAAAAGCCUCAUAGGCAAACCCAAAUUAUUUUUCAUUCAGGCAUGCCGAGGCUCUGAAUUUGAUGAAGGGAUACAGACUGACUCUGGACCUGCAAAUGACACUCUGGAAACAGAUGCCAAUCCUAGAUACAAAAUCCCAGUAGAAGCAGAUUUUCUGUUUGCAUAUUCUACAGUGCCAGGUUAUUAUUCCUGGAGGAAUCCUGGAAGAGGCUCUUGGUUUGUGCAGUCUCUAUGCUCUGUUCUAAAUGAGCAUGGAAAACAACUUGAGAUCAUGCAGAUCCUCACACGCGUCAACUACGUGGUGGCCACAAAUUUUGAGUCACAGUCUGAUGAUCCACGCUUCAGUGAGAAGAAGCAGAUUCCCUGUGUGGUCUCUAUGCUCACUAAGGAACUUUACUUCUGAAUACAUAUUUUAAUGCAGCCGAUGGCAUGAGAUCAGGGUAUGCCGUUGGGAGGAGGUUUGAUAAUAAACUGGUGUAACACAUUUUUUAAUAAAAGAAAUGUAAUUAUACUGACUUUUUAUAUUGUAUAAACUGAAAUUUCUGAAGGAUGGGUGAUAUGCAGGAUUUUAAUGAUGAAACAAAUGCUGUGGGCCAGCCAUACAGCUAACACCUUGAUUUCCCUUAGUGUGACUAUCUUGAUUUACAGGUGCUGAAGAUGUAUAUCUCCAUGCCUAUAAGCAAAGAAAGCUUCCAAAAUUACACCUAUCUUCCAUUUACUUCAUACACUCAAGAGAUGCUGUGAAUUUUUCUUUUGUAAUGUUCAACUGUUAUGUUGCAUUAUGUGUUUUUGGAUUAUUAUCUCCCUACCACUCAAAACUUUCCAUCUAAUUUCGUUCAUAUUUUGGUUGCUGAUUUUUCCUUUUAGUCUUGCAUUGCUCUUGGUGCUUCACCACUAUGAAGUGGAAAGCUUUCAGUGUUUGUUGCUUCAUAGGCUGCGUAGAAUAAGAGAUGUAAUUGUUAGAACCAAUGUUAUCAGCUGCUAGGAGGAAAGACAGGGAGAUCAUCAACAGGAUCAGAGUGGGAUUAAAUGAAAUUAUCUUGAUGGUUAGUUUUUGCUGUUCAGUUUUCACAUUCACUAAACACUGAUCUUGCAUAUGCUAGUAUUGGAAAAGCAGAGAACCUUUCUCUCUAGAGGACAAAAAUAAGUCGAAACAUGAAACUAAAAAAGUUGGCAAUUCCUUUCUAGUUUGACAAUGGAGUUACGUUGUUUUGUUUCAUGGAGGGUUUUUGGAUUGUUUGUUUUAAGCUUAGGAACUAUUUGAUCUAUUUCUCCAUUUUGGGGAAAGAGUGAGAGAUUGAGAUUCAGAUAGCUAACCGAUAAAGGUUAUUCCUUUUGACUAAAUGAUUGUUCAUAUGUUCUACCUACCACUAAAAUGGGGGUGGGCCUAGCGUAAUGCUUACUUGGGGGUGUUUGAGGAAGAAAGGAGGGGAAGUCUGUCUCUAAAUCUGAAGAAAUUAAACAAUCUCAAAAAACAGAUUGUAAAAUGAAAGAAGCAGUCAUGAGACUCCAUCUUUUCUUUCACUAAAUUACUGGUUCAUGGAACAGUGACUUUCUUGGAAAUUUCCGAAGAGCACCAUAUUAGGGGAAUAUUUGGCGACAAGCUGAAUUUGUAGCUAUUUAAGAGUGUUUCUUAGUCUAAUAUGCUCAGUUCCCUUUUGUGAGCAUUAUUAGUGAAGACAAUUUGAUUACUCUGUGUUUUAUUUGAAAGUCAAUUUACUUAGCUCUGAUUUUAGCAUAAGGUAGAUAUGUAAAAAAUCAAUAUUUGUAGAUGGUUGAGCUGAAUUUCAUAUAAAUGUAACAAAUAGAAAAAUCAAAAUGAAAAUCUGUAAAACUUUGCAAACUAACUGGAGGAAUCCUUAUUAAAAUACUGUAAUAAAGAAUUUUUCUUUGUAAAUUACAGUUAAAUGAUAGAACAGCCUAAAACUGUGGUGUUGCAGUUUUUCUACUUCGAAAAAAAAUGUGCUUGAUGAUUCAGAAAUUUUGAAUGAACAGAGUUAAUGAUUAGCUUUUGUUCUAAAACUUUAAACUUGAAUCUUGAAUUGCUAGAAUUGUGUGUCUCAGUAGUAAAUGUAUGUUUAUGUUUAAUUUCUGUUUAUGAGGAAUUUGCCAAGAUUGGAAGUACUUACUUGAAUAGAAAGCAGAAAUGCCUUUCCGGCUAUGCAUUGUCUUGAUUUUGUAUUUCGGAGAUAUGUUACUGGUACUGCAUUCCUACUCUUUAUAUUCUCUUUAGAGUUGGUAGCUAGCUCAAAAAGCAAAUUAAUGAUUUGGUUAAACUAAUAAAUGAGUAGAUAGUCAUCCUUUUUCCAAUUAAUGUACUCUACACUUUUAUGAAAUUCUCUAAGAAAAUAGGUGCUUAGUAGUUAAUGUUACCACAUCUUUAAGUUUAUUUCCUACCAGUAUUGUGAUAUAGUGAAGCAUAUAUUUUUUCAGAAGUCAAAUUUACAACUGUGUGAAUUCAAUAAAUGACUGUUUUGUAGGAAACUUGAGCAUAACACCAGUAAAACCUUUCUAAAAAAAUUUUUACGAGUAUCUGCCUGUUUAACACUUAAUCUGGUGAAGCGAAAACAAACCAAAAUACAUCUCAAAACCUUUCUCAACAGAGAUUACAGAUGGUCUUCAGCACCUUUGUCAAGACAAGAUUUCCAGUCUCACUUGAAAAGUCGUUUAGAAGAAUA